GCUUCUCUCACUUCUCUUUUGCAGUUUUAUCCACUUUGGAGCCUCGACCAUGGCAAGUCCUUCGCUUCUGCAGUCUUCUGCUUCCUCCUUUCACUGCCGUUUUCCCUCGUUAGCGGUUACAUCCUCCGUACCCCCGCCGCUGAGAAACUUGUUGAAAGUCUCGGCGUCGGGAACAGUGCUGGUGGAGAAAUCUGAGGCUGAGAAAGUCCAGCGCCUCAAAACCGCGUACCUCGAGAGAAUCAUCCCCGCGCUCAAAGAUGAGUUCAAGUACAUUAACAUUCACCAGGUUCCAAAGGUUCAGAAGAUUGUGGUGAACUGUGGUAUAGGAGAUGCAGCGCAGAACGACAAAGGUUUGGAGGCGGCAAUGAAAGAUAUAGCGCUUAUCACAGGGCAGAAGCCUGUCAAGACGAGAGCUAGAGCUUCCAUUGCCACUUUCAAGAUUAGGGAAGAUCAACCUCUUGGCAUUGCCGUCACUCUCCGAGGAGACGUGAUGUACUCGUUCUUGGAUCGACUUAUUAAUCUAGCACUUCCGAGAACACGAGAUUUCCAAGGUGUGAGUCCCAGUAGCUUUGAUGGCAACGGCAACUACAGUAUUGGUGUCAAAGACCAAAGUGUCUUCCCUGAAAUCAGAUUUGAUGCGAUUGGGAAGGCAAGAGGAAUGGAUGUAUGCAUCAGCACAACGGCCAAAACAGAUCAAGAAGGACAGAAGCUAUUGGCUCUGAUGGGAAUGCCUUUCAGGGAAGGAAGCAGCGCCAACACAGGGGCGCCAGUGAGGAAGAAGAAACUAAAGUCUCAUCAUUUUGAUGCUAAAGGCAAAGGCAAAGGAAAGAGAUGAAUGAAGAGAUUCUCAAUUUGUUUGUAUUCUCUUCAUCAUCUAUUAUUAUGUAAUGCUUUUUGUUAAAUCUGAUAUAAUAAUCCAAAUUUGGAUGAGUCCUUUAAUUGGGUUAAAAACAUGGUAAGAGUAAAACACAUUAAGGGCUUUGUCUAAUU